AUGGCAUCGAGACCGGGGUUCGCGUACGAUUUCCCGUGGAGCAAAAUCGGGAAAAUGAAAUACGCCAUCUAUCUUCCCAUGCUUUAUCGCGGCAUUGUAUCGCCUGAAAACGACGACUCGGACCAAUGGCACUUUCACAUGACGAUGAUAGUCUUACUGCGGUACGUCAUGGCGCAAUUCUUCAUAUCCUUGUCCAGGAUACACGCGAUAACGGAGAAGACGAGAAUACAAAGCAAAGGGAUCGAUUUUAAGCAAGUGGAUAGGGAGGACCACUGGGACGAUUAUAUUUUAUUGCAAUACAUAGUCAUGUCUAUGGUGCAUUUUUGCCCAGGGCUUGGGUUUAAGAAUUUCCCUUUGUUUGAGAAGAAAGGCAUGUGGCAGCUGUUGCUGCUACACGUCGGACCGACGGAGUACGUGUAUUACUGGUUGCAUAGGCUGUUGCACCACCACACGUUGUAUAGCGCGUACCACUCGCACCAUCACGCGAGUUUCGUCACCGAGCCAAUCACUGGGAGCGUGCACCCGUUCAUGGAACACAUAAUGUAUACCGCUAAUUUUGCGAUUCCGUUGUUAGGGACGUGGAUGUGCAACGGCGCGUCUAUGGCGAUGUUUUACGUGUACUUGAUGGGUUUCGAUUUGUUGAACGCGAUCGGGCACUGUAAUUUCGAGUUUGUGCCAAAGUUUUUCGCCAAGUUUCCCGGGGUGAAGUAUUUGUUGUACACGCCGAGUUAUCACUCGUUGCACCACAGUCGCGUGCACACAAACUUUUGUUUGUUCAUGCCUAUUUACGAUUACGCGUACGGAACCAUGGAUAAGAGCUCGGAGGAGUUGUACGAUAAAGCGAUCGAAGGGAAAGCGAGUCCGAAAACGACACCGGACGUGGUGUUUAUGGCGCACGGAACGGAGUUGUUGAGCAUGUUUCACUUACCGUUUGCGUUCAGAUCGUUUUCUAGUAGGCCAUUCACGACGGAUUCGUGGAUGCUGAAGAUGUUGUGGCCGUUGACGUUGCCGGCAGUUGCGGCUUUGAGAUUUUUGCCAGGGGUGAAGGCGUUUGUCAGCGAUAAGCACAGAUUGAAAAACAUGAACAUCGAAACGUGGGUCACGCCGGCGUGGGGGUUUCAAUUUUUCAUCCGAAGCGAGUUUAAACACAUCAACGCGAAGAUUGAACGGGCUAUUUUAGACGCGGACGAGAGAGGCGUGAGAGUUUUGGGAUUGGGCGCUUUGAACAAAAACGAAGCUUUGAACGGCGGCGGCGCGUUUUUCGUUCAAAAACACGAGAAGAAUUUGAAAAACACGAAAGUAGUCCACGGGAACACGUUAACUGCGGCAGCAAUCAUCGAUAAGAUUCCAGAAAACGUCAAGGAGAUCUUCUUGACCGGCGCGACGUCCAAGUUAGGAAGGGCGAUCGCGUUGUACAUGGCGACGAAGAAGAACUGCCGCGUCUUGAUGUGCACGACGAGCGAAGAGAGGUUCGAGAAGAUUAAAAUGGAGUGUCCGGAAAAGUUUCGUCACUUGCUGUUUCGCGUAAAUAACGCGAAUGAGAAGGUGGAAAUUACACAAGAGAGCACUUCGAACGUCUUGAAGAAGAGCGGCAGCUUUUUAUUGAGUCGACUCGGAUCCUUGAAAAAUAACAACAAUAACAAUAACAGAGAAGUAGAAACAGAAGAAAAGAACGAUACGAAAACGAAUUAUAGCAGCGGAAGAACGUGCAGAAACUGGGUCGUCGGAAGACAUUGCGAUAAGAACGAGCAAAGUUUGGCGCCCUCGAAAACGACGUUUCACCAGUUCGUCGUGCCUCCUAUUCCGGAGACGAGAUCGGAUUGCGCGUACACGGAUUUACCGGCGUUUAGAUUGCCGGAAAAGGAAGCGAAGGAUUUCAAAACGUGCGAGAUGACCAUGGAAAGAGGGUGCGUGCACGCGUGUCACGCAGGCGCGCUCAUACACGCUUUGGAGGGUUGGCAGCAUCACGAAGUAGGCGCCAUCGAUCCGGAGAAGAUUGACGUCACUUGGAAAGCGAGUAAGAAGCACGGGUUUGCUUGCCUGUGA